CAGACUCGAGUCAUGUCGACAGUGCAGCUUUCGUGGCUUUUACUGGUAGCUCUGUGCUUCCGUGCCGAAGCCAGCAAGGACUACAACCUUGGUCUCUGCAGCAAGACCUUCUUCAGCUGCCAGUGCGGCACGCCCGGUUACACACUGCACGUGACAGUUAAACAGUGCAGCUACGUUCACCGGUGGCAGUUCAAGUGCCGGCCAUGCAGCAAUCAAAAGCCCGAGGAAGUGUGCCCCAUGCUCAAGAACUGCAAGGAGUGCCACAGCGACGCCAAGGGCUGUUCCUCGUGUCCUCCCGGCCGUUUCGGCCACUGGUGCGAGGAACGUUGCCAAUGCCAGAACGGAGGAACCUGCGACUCCAACACGGGAGCCUGCGCCUGCCCGCCCUCGUUUAGCGGCACCCACUGCGAGCUCUUUCAAGGAUGCACGCCGCCUCAGAUAGGCGCUAACGUGCAGGUGACCAUGGACCAUCCCGAGACUCCGACGGUGGCUUACUUCGCCUGCGAGCGCGGCUUCUACCUGCUGGGCGCUACCACCGCCACAUGCCUGGGGAACAGAGCGUGGAGCGAACCGAGCCCUAAAUGCGAACGACUGUCUUUCUGCCCGGACUUGGGUCGCGUGGUUAACGGCCGCUUCAAGGAGCAGCGCGUCUCCUUCCCGGUGGGCGGCGACAACACGUACGCCAACGGAAGUGCUGUGGAGGUGACGUGUGACGAUCGUUACGACCUUGUCGGGGAGCCUGUACUCGAGUGCAGAGACGACGGGACAUGGUCGGCUAGCCUGCCUACUUGUUUCAAAGUUUCCGAAAACCAUGUCGACUGCGAGACCAAAGCACUGGAUAUUCUCUCAACGUACAUUGCACCUGUCAGGGCGUACUGUCCGCCCGGGUGUGCGCAGAGCGGCACGGUGAUUGGCAACGUGGUGUACCACCAGCUGUCGGCGCUUUGCCGAGCGGCUGUGCACGCGGUGUGCGGCCGCUCCGACUCGCCGCGUUCGCCGUUCAUCUAUCACGGGAACGUGAGCGAGGCCGGCCAGUGGCCCUGGCAGGUGGGUCUGUCCAUGUGGUCCCAACACGAGAAAGCCUGGGACCUGCAGUGCGGUGGCACGCUGCUCUCCGAGAGCUGGGUGGUCACGGCGGCGCACUGCGUGGCCAGGGACCGCCGCGGUAACCUGCACGCGCCCAAGGAUAUGCGCAUCUACAUGGGCAAGUACCACCGAGACGACGCCCUGGACGACGCCUUCGUCCAAGUGCGCACGCCUCAGGAGAUUCACGUGCACGACGAUUACGACCCGGUCAAGUACGACGCGGAUAUCGCCAUGGUGCUGCUCGAUCGGCCGGUGGAGCUGAGCAGUCGGGUGCAACCCAUAUGCCUGUCCAGCGAGAGGACAUCGCAGACAAACAUCGUCGAUGGCCACCUCGGCGUGGCUACCGGAUGGGGCCAGACCGAGAAUCGGAGCUACGCCGACGUCCUGCGACAGGCCGUGAUUCCCGUAGUGUCGGCGCAGGAGUGCGAGCGCGCCUACCGCGAGGGCCGCUUUCCCUUGACAGUCACGUCCAACAUGUUCUGCGGCGGUUACGUCAAGGGACGGAUCGACGCCUGCACUGGAGACAGCGGCGGGCCCUUCGUCUUCGUCGACGAGUCGGUGGUCGACAAGCGUGUCUGGGUGCUGGAAGGCAUCGUCAGCUGGGGAGGACCCCGAGGCUGCGGGGCACCCAACCACUUCGGCGGAUACACCAAGGUUGCAGCGUUCAUCGAAUGGAUACGACAGUUCCUGUAAAGCCUUGUACUACAAAGCCAAGCAGCUGACGACUGCUGAUCCGUCAGUCGGAGCAAAGCUCGCGCUGGUAAAAGCGUACACACCGUGUCUGCUAACGGGCAGCAGACUGACGGGCUCGCUAGAGGCAUUUCUGGCAGGACCUCAUGGGCGGCCUUAGGACCUUAGACCUGCCGCCAGUAGCGCAGGCGGAAGCUAGGUUUGAAAGAUCUUCGUCGCAUAUGAGUAAUUGCUUUUUUAAUUUGUGUGUGUGUGUCUCGUAUGAAUGAAUAU